UCAAGCGAUAAAAAGAUCGAAUUCAAAAUAUAAGAUCAGUCGCACAGUAAAAAACACUGGGUGGAUCCCCGAAAGUAUUUGGUUAUUGUGUUUAUUAUGCUGUGGAUUUCGUGAUUAACUUAAUCUGCAAAAAACAUUAUAUUUAAAAAAAUUGCAAAGUAUAAAAUUUACGUUAAAGAUGAUGAUUUCUUCGUCCGAUUCAGAAGAAGACUGUUACAGCAACGCAGCUCUAAAACUGGAAAAGUUAAAAAAUGCAUACAAAGAUGAUAAAUUGGACAAUUCAAGUUUACUAAAUGAAUCCUCAGACAUCGAAGUUGUUACAGAAGGAAAACUUAAUAAACAAGCAGCCAAUAGUUUUAAAAACUUAACUAACGACGAAGAACAAGAUGAUUUGGAACUAGAAAAGAUUCUGUCAUAUUCCACAAGACGCCAAACUCGAUCUUCGACGAGAAGAAAACAUUCAGAUCCUAUAAUCAAAGAAGUACAAGAUACAAGUGUGAAUAAUAAGAAGACUGUUACCACAAGAAAGCGUAAACAAAGUCUAAAUAACACGACAGUUGUAACUCCAAACAGAAGUACUCCAAAUAGAGGUAGAAAGAGAGGUAGAGGCCGAGGUGGAAGAGGCAGAAAUAGCAAUAUGUCUAAUUCUAUACCAAUAUUUAGUGUUGGUAACACGCUAGAGUAUGAGGAUCCAUUAGAAGGUCAAAGACUAUUUAGCAACGCAAAUAACAGUAAUAAUGUUAUAUUACUUGAUGAUAGUGAUGUUUUAGAUGAAAAUGAAGAGUUAUCUGUAAAAGUAUACUGGAGAAGUUCCGAUUACUAUCCAUUUAAAAUACGUAAAUUUCAAAAACUCACACCAAUAUUCAAAUAUUUCGCACAGAAGGAAAAUGUUAGUGAAAAUAACUUACUGUUCAUGUAUAACGAUAGAAUAUUAAAAAUGGAUGACACUCCAGAUUCAAUUAAAUAUAAUAUUGCGAAAUUUAUCGACGGAGGUGUUAUAAAUCGAGAUGUAACAAAGUUAGUGAAUGAUAAAACAAUGGAUAAUUAUAAUAAAGGUAUUCAGAUUAAAUUCCAAUGUCAAAAUACAAAGAAACCUUUGGAGGUAAUGGUCCAGCCGAACAAUAAACUAUCAUUGGCCAUGAUCAAAUGUGCAGAACAUUUAGAGGUGCCUUUAAACAAACUUAAGUUUGUUUUUGAUGGUGACUUCAUAACUGGUACCAUGACACCUGAGGAAAUGGAACUAGAAGGUGGUGAGUGCAUAGAUGUGAAGAUCAUUAGCUGAUGAUGCACUAAUAAUCUUCUGAUUAUCUGUAUGUAACAAUGACUGAAUCCCAUUUUUAGAUAUUUGAUUCAUGUGCUAAUAGAUAAUAUGCGAAGUUUACAUUAUUCCAGUCCAACAAUCCAAAUGAGCGCUGGAUUACCACUGGAUAAAUUUAAACCGACACUGGAAUGAACUGUGUGUGUUGACUGGAAUAAUGUAAAAUGGACAUAAUGUUAUUGGCAGAAAUUCAUCAAAAUUAAUGUUUUAUCGACUGAAUUUAUUCAUUGUUUUUCCAAUUUUAGAAUUA